AAUCGAGGAUUGAGGUUAAAUUUUAUAAGGUUAUCUGAAAAAAAAAUAGCACACUAAUUCUAAAAUGCGUACAAAAUUAAUCUAGAAAUCACACAAAUUAUAUAAAGUGUAGAGUGAAAUAACAUUAAAAUGAGUGUUAUAUAUCACGAGAAGCAAAUUCGAGAACUGUGCGCCCUACACGCCUUGAACAAUCUGUUUCAAUCGAAAGGAGCCUUUACGAAAGAGGAAUUCGAUUCGAUUUGUAAGUCUCUGUCGCCCGAUAACUGGAUAAAUCCCCACAGGUCCGCCUUAGGUCUUGGAAACUACGAUAUCAACGUCAUCAUGAAGGCGCUGCAGAAUAGGGGUUACGAAGCGAUUUGGUUCGAUAAACGGAAAGAUCCCGGCUGCCUGGAUUUGGCCCGCAUUGAUGGCUUCAUUUUAAACAUACCGAGCGAUUAUAAAAUAAGCUUUAUCACCAUACCUUUGAAACGAAGGCAUUGGAUUACGCUUAAGAAAAUCAACGGUAAGUUUUACAAUUUGGACUCGAAACUGGAUAAUCCGCAGCAGAUAGGAGAGGAUUCCGAGUUUUUGUGUUACUUGAGGGAAGAAAUGGACUCGUUAGAUAAGGAAUUGUUCUUAGUGGUGAGUGAGGAGGUCGCGAAGAAUCAAUCUUGGCUGAAAGACAGAAAUUCGUGUUAUUCGCAAACAAAUUGUCGAGACGUAGUCGAAGUACAGUUGAAAGAUCUAGAACGAGGAAAUUAGGAUUUCAUAAAUCGGCACAACACAAAAUCAGACAGCUUUAAAUCGUCUUAUUUUCUCCGCAAUAACCAAAUAUUUACAUAUCUUCAUUAUUCGCGUUUGUUUCAUUAUUAUUCGCUAAAAAUAAUUUUAUGUAAUCAAUUGACUGUGAUAUUUUCCUACUGUUAAUGCAAAAUUUGUUAAAACACCUUGAACACUUAACGUGAAGUUUACAUGUAAUUAUCUAUUGUAUAUUAAAAAUUUCCAAAUUUAUAUAUUUUAUUUAGAAUAACGAAUAUUAG